CCUCAGAGAGCACAUCCCUUCGCCAUCCCUCGAUCGGUGAGAGCAAUGCCUGUAACAUGCAUCCAGGACAGCGACAGCACUUUGGCAUGCAAGCACCAGAUUUGUUCUCCUUAAAAACAACCUAUAAUGGCUGCAAGCAAUUGCCUCAGCAGGAUUUUGUUAUAUUUAUGGCUGCACCGAUUGUUGACUUUUUUUUUUUAAGCUGAUCUCUUUGCCUCUCGGUAAGAAGUCUGACAGCUCAGGCCGAGCGCAGGGAUCACGCUCGGCGCCUUUCCCAGUCCCGCCCCCCCGACAUGGCGGCGCGGCUGCCCCUCAGGCUGCUCGGGAGCCGCGGCCUCCUCCCCGUCCUGCUCCGCUCCGGCGGCUGCGCCCGCGCUGCCCACAGGGGCACAGACAAAGGGUCUCUGACUAAACAAGCUGAAGCAAGUGCUACUACAGACUGGAAAAAGAAAUUGACUCCGGAGCAAUUCUAUGUUACAAGAGAAAAAGGAACUGAACCGCCAUUUAGUGGGAUCUACCUGAAUAACACGGAAUCGGGAAUAUACUACUGCGUGUGCUGCAAUGCUCCACUCUUCAGCUCAGAAAAGAAGUACAAUUCUGGGACUGGAUGGCCGUCGUUUUCUGAGGCUUAUGGUACUUGUGGCAGAGAUGAAAGUAAGACCAAUAUCAUGAGACGACCAGAUAAGUCAUUGGGAUUAACUAGAACUGAAGUUGUCUGCAAACAGUGUGACGCCCAUCUAGGCCAUGUGUUUGAUGAUGGUCCCACACCUUCUGGGCAGAGGUUCUGUAUCAACAGUGUUUCAUUAAGCUUCAAACCAGGCUCUGGUCGGUGAGACGAUCUCUGUGGCUUACAGAAUGUCCUUUCUCUGCUUGUACACCAUGUGUGAAAAACUGUCAUGCUUUUAGUAUAUAACCCAAAUUUUAGUUCUUAUGCCAUGUAGCUUUGUUUUCCAGUUAUUAUUUUUGUUAAUAAAAUACAUAUUUUUGUCAUAA